AUGCCUCUAGAUACAUAUAAGAAGGGAAUCAGACACUUUGAAAAAUUGGCAGCUAGAAUACCGGGACCUCCAGCGUACCCGAUCAUAGGAACAGGAUAUCAAUUUAUUGGAUCAUCAGAACAAAUCAUGAGCAAAAUAAUUGAUAAUUCGAAAAUAUAUAAUCUAGAGCCUUUUAGAGCAUGGUUAGGACCAUAUUUUGCAGUUGUCAUCGCUAAACCAGAAGACUUACAAAUUGUCUUUAAUAAUUCAAAAACUCUUCAAAAAGACCAUAUGUACGAUUUUUUGAAGAAUAUCGUGGGUGAAGGUUUGUUUACUGCACCCGUUGAAAAAUGGCGGAUAAACCGACGCAUGAUCACUCCUAUCAAAAUACUUUAUGUUGUUGACGAAAAUCUCAAUAUCAGCAUUCUUGACAUUUUAGCGUACUGA